AUGGAGCUUCUUGUUUUGCUUCUUGCUUCCCUUGCUUUCUUCUUCUUCCUCCAUGCCCUCGGUCUCUACCGGAAAAGGGGAAUGCCGCCCGGCCCUGCCGGCCUUCCGAUCAUCGGAAAUCUCCUCCACAUUGGCUCAAAACCCCAUGAGUCCCUUGCCAAGCUCUCCCAGAAAUACGGUCCACUUAUGACCAUCCGAUUGGGCAGCAUCACCACCGUGGUGGCGUCCACACCUGACGUUGCUAGAGAAGUCCUCCAACUCAACGACGAGGCCUGCUCCGGCCGGAAUAUCCCAGAUGCCGUCACCGCCUUGGAAAACCACGACGCCGCCGUCCUAUGGAUUUCGACAAACGAAGAAUGGCGGACCAUUAGAAGAGCUCUCAACACAUACCUCACCCACCAACACAAACUCGACACCCUCCGUGACCUUCGACAGAACGUGGUGGACGGAAUGUUGGAGUUCCUCCGGGAGUCGGAGAAGAAAAAGAUGGCGGUGGACAUCGGAAAGCUGGCGUUCGCUGUGGCGCUCAACCAGAUCUCGAACACAUGUCUUUCGAAGGAUCUGGCUAGCUAUGAUUCCGAUGAUAUCGGAGGGUUUAAGAAUGCCGUAAAGACGUUAAUGGAGGUGGACGGAAAGUUUAAUGUUGCAGACAUUUUUCCGGUGUUGAAGCCGUUGGAUCCACAGAACAUACGACGGCAGGCGAAGGCGGCGUAUGCAUGGUUGGAUGAAGUGACAGAUGGGUUUAUAAGCGAGAGGAUAAGGGAUCGAGAAUCGCAGGUUCCCAGGUUUGGUGAUAUGUUGGAUUCUCUGUUGGAUUACAGUGAAGAUGAUGAAGUUGACUUCAAUCUCGUACAUAUCAAGACUUUACUUGUGGAUUUAUUUAUAGCGGGAACUGAAACGAGCUCAAACUCAACUGAAUGGACAAUGACGGAAUUAUUGCUUAAUCCUGAUAUGUUUUCAAGAGUGCGUGAAGAAGUGUAUGCGAUAGUGGGAGAUAACGGAGAAAUCCAAGAAGCCAAACUUCUCGACUUGCCUUAUUUGCAAGCUUGUAUUAAAGAAACAAUGCGACUUCAUUUGUCUGUGCCGUUAUUAGUGCCUCAUAAAACUGAAACUGAAGUUAAACUUGGUGAAUAUACUUUACCAAAAAACACAUCGAUUAUAGUGAAUGCAUGGGGUAUGGCACGGGAUCCAAGGUAUUGGGAAAACCCGUUGAUGUUCAAGCCUGAGAGGUUUUUGGGAAACGGGCUUGACUUCAAAGGUCAACAUUUCGAGUUCAUACCAUUUGGAUCAGGUCGGAGGAUGUGUCCUGGAAUACCCUUGGCUGUUAGGGUGGUGAGCCUGAUGGUAGCAUCGUUUGUAUAUCAUUUUGAUUGGAAGCUUCCUCAUGCUAAAGAAGACAUGGACAUGAAUGUCAUAUUUGGCCUUGCAUUGCUUAGGGCAACACCUCUCGUUGCUACCCCUACACUCGUCAAAUAAGCGCAUAAACAUGAACAGACCUACACUCUUUAUGCAUUGUUGAAUCUACUGCUUUAUUUUUUAAAGUUUUAAUGAUUUAAACAUAUGUUGAGUAGAGUUUAAAUAAAUGGUAAUUAAGUUAUGUGUUAAGAUAUGUAUUUGAAUUCUUUUUGAUUGUUGUGUGAUGAAUCUA